AUGGCCAAGCGAUUAAACAAAGAUGGAGUGAAAAAAUUAUUUUUGAAAUGGGAUAAUGGCAAUCAUAUAUUGUCACUAGCUGAAAUUGAUCGAGCAAUAACAUAUUGGAAUCCCGAAUAUGGAACAGAUAAAAGAGCGAUAAUGAGAGCGUUUAGAGCAGCAGACAGUAAUGGGAAUGGUUUCGUCGACUUAUUAGAAUUUGGUUUAUUACUGGAUCUUCUUGUAUAUUACAAUGAUCUAAGUCAAAAAUUUAAAGUAUUGGAUAUAAAUGGUGAUAAACGAAUCAGUUUUGAUGAAUUCAAAAAAGGUUACGCACAGGAAGGUCGCAGUAUUUCUGAUCGAGCUGAGUUGAAAAGAGAAUUUGAUGCAAUAGAUACGAAUCAUGGAGGAUAUAUUCUGUUCGAUGAGGGCUCGUGGGCAACUGCUGAUUUAUUAGAAAAAGUUCAUGGCAUCCUUCAAAUUGAUUCAGUUUUUUUGUUUUGUGUAGAAAAGGAUAAAUAUGAAAAAGUCUUAUUAUCUGAUUUAAACUAUAGUAAAAUCGUUGAUAUAUUUAUUGAGCAAGAAACAUUGAUGAAAACACGGCAAGAUGCUGAAGAUGCCUUGGAACUCGAGCCAAAGCAAAUCAAAUAUUAUCGCGUUCUAUCCAAAGCUCUUCUUGGUCUAAAUCUUGAAAAGGAAGCAGAAGCUGCGUGUGUCGAAGGUCUCAAGCUGGAUCCUCGAGACCCUACAUUGCUCACGCGUCAACGUGAUUGUAAAGCCGUUUUGGCCAUUGAAUAUUGCGCGAAAAGCAAUCCUCGACCAACAAAACCUGAUGAAUAG